AUGAGCGUGUCGGUAGAUCAUGCCUCUGAAGACUUUCGUCGUUUGUGCAAUCGAUUGGAAGAGAAUGACGAAGAUCUGGUCAAAGUCAACGCUGUUGUGAUUCCAGAAAUGGCCCAGUUACAGGCACUGGGUAGAGUGUUUAUAAAAAAAACACAUACCACGGGUUUCCGACUCAUAUGCAACCCUUGGGUUGAGGCAAUGGAUAUGUGGCCCCUCUGGGAGGGCCUCUUUCAGUCAAAGACACUCAAAAAACUCUUUCUGUAUGGCUUUCAGAUGCAACACAAUGCUAUUGUAACUUUCCUCACUGGAUGUAAUGGAUACAAUUCUACUACUCCAAGAAUCCAUUUUGCCACUUGUUUCAUUGGGACUCUCGAAACCGAUGCCAUUGUAAAAUUGCUCCAAAGACAGGACAUGAACAAUUUCCGCUUUCACAUCUCCAGUUGCAAAUUUGAUAUGCCUGAAAACAGCACCGGUCUGCAACAACGAAUCGCCGAAGCCUUGACACACAAUACUACAGUCAAGAGUUUCGGCUUCGAAGGUUCUCUUGAAGACUCAACUUGUGCCCAGGCCUUUGGUAAUGUAAUUGCGGUCAACAAGACUCUUCGUGGUGUUUCCUUCGAGGAUUGUGGUGACCUGGCAGUGCCACUUAUCACUCAGGGCAUUGUUCAGAACCACAGACUCGCCUCUGCCAAAGUCAAGGGCAGCUCCCUUCCUCCCUCCAUCCAAAUCCAAGGAUGUCAACGACAAAUCAAACAUUCCAUUGAAAUGAACCGUGCCGGACGAUAUCACAUGUACCAUUGUGCACGCCAAGAUGGAGAGAUGGAGCUAGAUUCGACAUGGCUUCGCUUGCUCAUUCAAAAUAUUGGUGAAAAACACACCAUCAUCUAUUCUUGGUUACGAGACUAUGUUGAUAUCUUUACACGAUGUGCACUGUGUGGUAUGGCUGGUCAGAAAAGAACAGAAACUGCAAGCAGUAAGGGAGAUGAUGGUAGAGGACCCAACAAGAGGGCUAAGACAGGCUCGAGCUGA